UUUGUAGUAGUACUAUAAAGGUAGAAGGCAUUUCUUUGUUUUCAUUUGUUCUUUCUCCUCAUACGGAUUCCUUGGUGCUGAGAACUUACUAAUGGAACAGUUUAAGAAAGCGCUUGAUGCCCUUCAGCGGGAAUCACGAGAGCUUAUCACAGCUGUCCAAGAGGCGAUGAUACAGGCGCUAUUGCGAGAUGACAUUGCGCCUGCACACAUUGCAUUGGUUCUGGCACAGCGGUUUUCAGCGGAGCGAAUCGCCUUCAGUUUCCCUGUCAUAUGCUUUUUAGAUGCCAUACUCAAAGAGGCAAAGAGCCUGUGUGUAGAUCCAAAGCGGACUGCUUUCUUCAUCACUAUUGGGCAGGAGUUCCUUACUAAACUAGCUCCGAGUUUAUUUAUUAACUUUCAUGCUUCCCCACAAGUUAGUCCCAUGCUACGCGAUAGGGUGCUCCGGGUGCUCAAGCGAUGGUCACAGGCGGAGCUAUUGAAUGAAAAGCACAUUUUCUGUCUCACACGGGCUGUUGAGCUGGGGAUGCCCUUGUCGCAUAGUUCAAGUGUGAAGGGGACUGACAUUGUUGCUGACGUCAACGCCGUCUCUGUUAGUAAAGCAACCAUGGGUCCCAGCGGCCUCGUCAAGGGCGAUCUAGGCGUAGCUUCGGAUCAGAUAAUUAGCAAUCGUGACCACACUGCGAUGCGCGAGGUAUUUACACGCGCACAGGCGCAAUCAUUUCGAAGCAUUCUACACCAAUGCGUCCUUAUUAUGGAGCAGCUUCCAUCCAGGUAUGCACAACCCUAUGUGGAGCUCAUCCGAAACGAAAAUUUUCACCAGCUAACAGCGGCCGCGCUUGCUUUUUCAAAGAAUCUGCUGGAACAGUUGAAGCGGGAUUUACGGUUUGCAAAGGGUAGUCAGGAGCCAAUUGGUUCCAAUACAGGGGAUCUUUCUUCCUCAACAGCUGCGCUGGGGAUGAGCUCAGUCGCUGACGCCUCAUGUAUCGGUGCUCGAAAUACACUCAGUCAAUUGUUGUACUCCAUGUCAUUACCGUCAGCAGAUGAGGAGCAGGACGACGGUCAUGGGCUGAUGAGCAUCACGUCCACCUCCGUCUCCCGAUACAAGUCGCCAUUUCUAACGGACACUUUCCAGCAGCACUCACUUGUGGAACGCACCGGAUUUGGCGAUUUCCGUCGACGUCACCAUGGCGAUGGGGCGCUGGCCGCUUUCAGGACGGAGUACUAUCCUCGAAAAGAAGCCACAGUUCGUCGCCCUUUUAGAAUACCAUCGGCUUUACAAACCGGUGGAGGGGCCGUCCGGUGCUGGUUUUUGUCUCCUUCACAGUGGGUUAACGAAAAGGAUGUCGCCAAUCUCGCCACUUUUCGGGGCACAGGGGAGAAUACCUCAAAACCCAGCGAGACUACUAGUACUCUGGGCGUUAUAAGGAAGCGCGAGCGCAGCGAAUGAAGAUAAUGCGCAGGGAGAUUGUUAACGUGUAAACACACUUACUUUUAACAGAACAGAAUAACUGAUACUUUUCUGAUUCAUUUAUUUGGAUUUAUCAGAGGACAAGUUUCGAGUUGUUGAUCAUGUUAAUAAUCCAAAUUGGUCUCCUUUUCACUAAAUCAAACUU